CCUGCACUAUAGAGCAAGCUAUAACUUCCUUCUUUUUCAACGUCACCGCUAUUGGCUUUAAUUUCGUAGACGACUUCACUCGAAUUGCCGACGAUAAGCCUUGGUCAGCGGCCGAUACUAUCGCUGUAGUCUUUUUUUCAUUACUCGGUAUUGUAACCUUACUCAGUACAAGUUACGAUUUAUGCCAUCGAUUCGUAUUUAAGAAAGGUAAGUUUUUCACCAUCAGUUCUCUAAGUUUUUGAUUUUGAACUGACUUUCCAAAAAAAAGUAUUUCCUUUGGAAAUAACAAACCGAUUGAUAUACAAUCAAAUCAAAAUGUAAUCAGUACUAUCAAUUAUGUAUUUGUUAUUUAAUUUCAUGACUUGCUUUGAUAACAAUCUUGUUGCUACCUUAAAUUAUUCAAAGCAAUAUUAUUACUUAGAGUUCCUUUUUGUUUUUAAUCUCCCUUAUUUCUUAUUUUACAUGUUUUUUUUUAAUAAAUUGUCAUUAUUAUUUCCAGAUCCAAAACAAAUGAGCACACUAGGCCGAUCAUUCUCAGUAUACACGAAUGGGCAAAGGUUAACGACCUUCAGUACUACAGCUGGAAGUAUGCAAUGUCUUGAUGGUAUCAGAACUUUGGCCAUGGUGUGGGUCGUGGUGGGCCAUACCUACAGUACCGAACCGACCCAACAAAACCUUCUUGAAGUCUACGAUUGGUUGUUUUCCACAAGAGGUCUGUGGAUAACUGGAGCCUCUAUGACGGUAGAUACAUUUUUCACAAUAGCUGGGAUACUUCUAGUCUACACCACUGUUAACAAGAUGAAUCAAGUAACAUUUGUAAAGAACAUCCACUGGUUCUACCUGAACCGCUUCGUCAGGCUGACCCCACUCCUGGCUGUGGCUGCACUGCUCCAAGCUUCAUACUUCAAUAGAUUCACGGACGGGCCCUUUUGGUUAACAGUAGCCGGCUACACGAACAACUGUAGAAAAAACUGGUGGUCUACUCUUCUUUAUGUGCAAAAUUACGUACACGUGGAAGAAAUGUGUGUCGCUCACUCCUGGUAUGUGGCCAUAGACUUCCAACUCUAUGUGGUCUCACCUUUGGUUCUCAUUUGGGUCGUAAGUGGCAAGAAACUCUACUCUUGGAUUGGCUUAAUCGGUUCUUUUGCGGCAAUACUUGUAUCGUCGACAAUUUAUAAUUUCCACCACAAUUUGCCUGCACACAGUGUUGUUCCAGCCCGUUUUCCUGAAUUACAUGAUUUCAUGGUAAAGUACUACUUCAACGCGCUAUGUCGUGCUGGUCCGUUCUUCGUCGGCAUGAUCUUUGGAUACGUUUUGCAUCUUUACCGUAAAACUAGAUUGCAAAUACCAUGGAUCUUAGCCUUAUUCUUCUGGGCGUGCUCUGCUGGUAUUAUCGGAGGUAUCUUCUACUUCAUAUACAGAGUCUUGCAAUAUGAUUGGGACAACGAUUUUAUGGAUAAUUUUAUGAAUUCAUUCAUGAGGUCUGGCUAUGCGUGUGCUAUCUCCUGGUUGGUCAUAGCAUGUGUGCAUGGUUACGCUGGUCCUAUCAAUUGGUUCCUUUCUCUCGAAGUAUGGAGAUUACCAGCUCGCUUGUCAUACGGAAUGUAUUUGUUCCACUACCCGCUACAGUUUUCUUUGAAUGGCACGAUGUUAGCACCUAGUUAUUUCUCCGUCGGCGCCUAUGCAUUCAAAUCGUUGGCAUACUUGUCUUAUGCAUUCAUAUGGUCCUUCGUGUUAACUCUUCUUGUGGACUCUCCAAUAACAGUUCUUUUUAAAAUGCUGAUGGAUAAGGCAAAGCCAAAGAAACCUGCUGUGCAACCGAAUGAAGUAACUAAACAGGAUCAUUUCGAGAAUAAUGCAGAUAUCAAUGGCAAUCCGAGAUCCAUGAAAGAACUUGAAAUGAACAAAGCAGAUGAUGGAAAUUCUGAAGGUGCAAAAGAAGUAGCCGUUUUGAAUUCUGAUUCUAAUGAAGCAUUAGCAAAAUCAAACAAUGCAAGCAAUAUUAACGAUACUGAUGCUAUUGUUAAUACGAAGGAUGAGAAUGAAACGAAAAAAGGAAUAGUUUAACUCGAAGCACACAUGAAUAAGUAAUAUUUAAUUUUUCCACUCAUUAUAUCGAUGGAUCUUUCGUCUUCUUAAUUCGGAUAAAAACCGAAGAAUGUAUUAAGCCUUUUUACAGAAAAAGAUUCAUUGCAAACCAAGGCUGGCAUCAUCUGAACUGUCUCAAACCAAACAUGGCUCAUUGCCAUUAUACAAUCUGAACCCGAACGCCUCGUUAGUUCACUUGUAACUGAUCGUUUUGGUCGUGUCAAAAACGACUUUGUAUUCGUAGGUGGGUGCAUUACAGUGAAAAAUGACCAUUUCCCAAUAAUUAAUUUCCAAGUGAUGAAAAGUAAAAACACUCAAGUAUGCUCGCGAGCGAAAGACAUUCGUGUUUUUUAAAUCACAAUUUGGAAGGUCGUUAAAUAUUUUCGUUCAAUUUAGGCGUACUUUUGUUUGCUUAGAAGAAUGAUCCUUAACAUUACUGUUGUAAAUAUUGGAAUGUUGUUUUAAAGGAAUUCGGGAGGAAAAGGCUUUUUGCUCAAUAAAUUAAUGUAAAGAGUUGUUGAGUUA